AUGAGUUUUAUUCAAAGUGUCGAAAGUCUCAGCGAGAGUGUGCAAACAGCAUCGGGUCAGAGCACGUCUUCUCCGAAAGUACCUUCGAAAGGCUCUCAACAAUUUUCCGAUCUACCACCCCUUCCGGACCAUCCCCCGUCGUCAAUUGAUAUUUACGGACUCUCUUUCGGUACGGUAUGCGGUAUUUGCGCUGGGGUUUUCGUCAAGAAGGGAGCAAAGGCCCUUGCGUUCGCGUUUGGAGGUGUCUUUGUCCUACUCCAGUACCUCGGCUCUCUGUCUGUCAUCAAGGUCGAUUGGGGACGCAUGUCCACUAGGUUUGAGAACUUGCUUUAUAGAGCGGAGGGGAGCGGAGGGAAGCGACCACCAACCGUUCUCUCGCUGUGGAGAUGGCUAGUCGAUUUUUUGACUGCGGACUUCCAGCAACGGGCCUCAUUUCUGGCAGGUUUGGCCCUCGGGAUUAGGCUGGGUUAA